GUCGACCAGUUCAAAGAACUGUCAUGAUAAACCAAUAAAAUAUGUGUGAAUUUUGUUGACUAUCUAUACAUCACGUACUUCUUUCCUUUUGACAAAACAAGUAUGGUUGAAUUUAGAUUUGUCGGAUUGUCGGGUUAACCUAAAAAUGGAACUUUUUUCAACUGGAACCGAGUACUGUUCGAAUAACGCGAUGAUAGUGAAGUGAAGUGAAAACUAUUACCCAAUCUGUGAGUGCAUCUGAAAACCUUUAGUGAUAUAAAUUAAAUUUUUCCUGUGAAAAUCAACAUAUUAACCAUCUUUGUUGUAUACUAUUCAUACAAUCGAUAGCUGGUGGGGGUAGUAGGUACCUACAUGUAGUUAAAAUGGGUUUACUUUUGCGAGUUCUCGAAAUAAAAAAAUAGUUUGAAGUAAUCAAAAAUAGAGGUAAAUUAGUUUUCCUUCCAUCGCUAAGCAGAAAUUAAUACAAAGUGAUUUGAUUUCAAGUGUAGUUUGAUCCUCAUUUUAUUCCAAAUACACGGAAUUAUCAGGUAAUAAAACAUCAUUCUCGAAAGUAACUUUUACGAUAUCUGUGACUUACCCAUUUUGUCAGCUAUAAUUUAUAUUAAAAUGUGUACUUGCUAAAACUUUGGAUGGAAACUUGGUCGAAUAUUGUAUAGAAAUUCCAGAUGUUAUGAUGUAAAUUUGUCAAAAUGACUACUAAAGUUGAGAAACAAUUAAAUGGAAACAAUGGUAUAAAAAGCCACCCAGGAAGUUCAAAAAGUUCUCCAGUUAAAUCAAAUGAUCACUACUCCCAGUACAAGACACUUUCCACAAGACCAGUAGAAGACACUUUUCAAUUUGAUGUUCCUCAAGAAGCCCCAGUAUUUUAUCCCACAGAAGAAGAAUUUCAAGACCCAUUAGCAUACAUUGCAAAAAUACGACCAAUCGCAGAAAAUACGGGAAUAUGUAAAAUAAAACCACCAUCACACUGGCAACCACCGUUCGCAGUAGAUGUAGACAAAUUGAGGUUUACUCCUAGAAUUCAGCGACUUAAUGAAUUAGAAGCGAAAACACGCGUAAAACUUAAUUUCCUAGAUCAAAUAGCUAAAUUUUGGGAACUGCAAGGUUCAUCGCUUAAGAUACCGAUGGUAGAACGAAGAGCCCUAGACUUAUACACGCUACAUAGAGUUGUACAGAUCGAAGGCGGAUUCGAAAACGUUACUAAAGAGCGAAAAUGGUCGAAGAUAUCACAAAGAAUGGGUUACCAAGUCGGCAAAAGUAUUGGAACAAUACUCAAAACGCACUACGAAAGGCUUCUUUUCCCAUUCGAUGUUUUCAAGGCUGGAAAAACCGUUGACGUGAAAUUGGAGGAACAUUCUGACGACAUCGAAAAGGCAGACAAAGAUUACAAGCCUCAUGGAAUUGUGAGUCGCAUGCAGAUUAAACCACCACCCGAGAAAAACGCGAGGAGAUCCAAAAGAUUUGAUAACAAUGAUGACAGUAAGACUGAAAAUUUAGCACUUAAGAUUAAAGAGGAGAAAUCGGAAGACGAAGAGGGCGGUAAUAAAGAAUUGAGACGCCUUCAAUUUUACGGAGCCGGUCCCAAAAUGGCUGGAUACGACGAAAAGAAAGAGCCCAAGCCCCGAAAUAAAGCAGUGAAAUACGAUUUUGAUCCGGUAUGUUCAAAUUAUACCGCAUUGAACGUUGUAGAGCUAGCGAAGUACGUUUGCCACAAUUGCAACCGCGGCGACGCAGAGGAAUACAUGCUGCUUUGCGACGGUUGCGACGACAGUUACCACACGUUCUGCCUGAUGCCGCCCCUGUCCGAGAUACCCAAAGGCGACUGGAGGUGUCCGAAAUGCGUGGCCGAAGAGGUUUCCAAGCCGAUGGAGGCUUUCGGAUUCGAGCAAGCCCAAAGGGAGUACACGCUUCAGCAGUUCGGCGAGAUGGCAGAUCAGUUCAAAUCCGAGUACUUCAACAUGCCGGUUCAUAUGGUGCCUACUAGUACAGUGGAACGGGAGUUUUGGAGAAUCGUGUCUUCGAUCGAUGAAGACGUUACUGUUGAAUACGGAGCGGAUUUGCAUACGAUGGAUCAUGGUUCCGGUUUUCCUACGAAAUCUUCAAGUAACCUUUUCCCGGGCGAUAAGGAGUACGCGGAAUCGAGUUGGAAUUUAAAUAACUUGCCCGUGCUGGAGGGUUCUGUAUUGGGCUAUAUUAACGCCGACAUAUCAGGAAUGAAGGUACCUUGGAUGUAUGUCGGUAUGUGUUUCGCAACUUUCUGUUGGCACAAUGAGGAUCACUGGAGUUACUCUAUCAAUUAUUUGCAUUGGGGAGAAGCUAAAACUUGGUACGGGGUACCGGGUAGCAAAGCUGAAUCCUUUGAAGCGACCAUGAAAUCAGCCGCUCCGGAAUUGUUCCAUUCCCAACCGGACCUUUUGCAUCAGUUAGUCACAAUUAUGAAUCCGAACAUUCUGAUGAAUGCCGGGGUUCCUGUGUAUAGAACAGAUCAACAUGCUGGUGAAUUUGUUAUUACCUUUCCUCGGGCUUAUCAUGCUGGAUUCAACCAAGGUUAUAAUUUUGCUGAAGCUGUGAAUUUUGCUCCGGCGGAUUGGUUAAGAAUGGGCCGUGAAUGCGUAUUGCAUUACUCGCAUUUGAGACGUUUCUGUGUAUUUUCACACGAUGAAUUAGUUUGCAAGAUGGCCCUGGAUCCGGAAAAGCUGGAUCUUACAAUAGCUGCAGCUACUUAUCAAGAUAUGUUAGUUAUGGUAGACACCGAAAAGCGGCUAAGGAAAACCUUAUUAGAUUGGGGUGUUACUAACGCAGAAAGGGAAGCCUUCGAAUUGCUCCCGGAUGAUGAAAGGCAGUGUGAAGUAUGCAAAACCACAUGUUUCCUAUCAGCCAUGACUUGCAAAUGCACUACCGACAUUUUAGUUUGCUUACGACAUUAUAAAAAUCUAUGUGAAUGUCCUCCACAAAAUCGAACUUUGAGAUACAGGUACACGUUAGACGAACUCCCUGUAAUGCUGAAAGCUUUGAAGCUCAAAGCCGAAUCCUUCGAUCAUUGGGUUGCCAGGGUUAAAGACGCUUUGGAUCCAAAGACGCCGAAAAACUUGAACUUAUCAGAUUUAAAGGCGCUGUUAAGUGAAGCUGAUGGUAAGAAAUUUCCAAAGUGUGAUUUAUUACAAACACUAACAAGCGCUGUGGAAGACGCUGAGAAAUGUGCAAGCGUCAUACAUCAGCUAGACCUGAACAAAAUGCGUACGAGAACAAGAAAUUCAAAUGAUACCAAAUAUAAACUCACAGUGGAAGAACUAACACUAUUCUGUGAAGAAAUCGACAGUUUAGCUUGCAUUUUAGAAGAGGCGAAAAGUAUUAGAGAGCUAUUGCAGCAAACUAGAAAAUUUGAAGAAAAAAGCGCCGAACUGUUGGCUUCCAACCUGGUAGGUUGUUCAAUUGCUGAUUUAGAAUCCUGCAAUUCCCACGGAAGUGGACUGUGCAUAGAGCUCCCUAAUUUGAAGCUGAUAGGAACCAGAUUAAAGCAACGUCAAUGGCUUCAAAGUGUAGAAAAUUACAGAAAUAAAACCGACGUAAUGGGCUUAGACGAAAUCAGAAGCCUCAUUCAAGAGGGCAUACUUUUACCACCGCAUCCCGAAUUAGAAGAAGAAUUGUCCAAGUUGCAAGGGAUUUUGCAAACCAGCGAGGAAUGGGAGGAACAAGCAGCAGAAAUUUUGAAAUCUGAAGACAACAAUGUGUUAAUUCAAGUCGACAAGCUACUUAAGGAGGCAUCGAAAAUUUCUUGUUUUCUUCCUACUGAAGGACAUUUGUUUGAUUCGAUGAAGAAAGCCAGAGACUGGUUGAGAUUGCUGGAAGAUAUGAAUUCAGCCGAAUAUUAUCCUUACUUCAGCGCAAUGGAGGAGUUAAUAAAAAAGGGACGAUCGCUGGCUCUGCACUUGGUCGAAGUAGAUAGAAUGAACGAUUAUUUAGUCUUAGCUACAGGAUGGAAGGAAAGAACCUCCAAAGCUUUCCUAAGAAAGAAUUUCACUUGUGCAUUGAUGGAUGCUCUAUCGCCUCGAACAUCAAUGCCGAACAGUUCGAAAACUCCAAAGAAAGGAAAAAAUAGCGAAGAAGAUCACAACGGUAUAUCAUUAACCAAUGCUAUGGAUCCUGCAGCGGUAGUAGCCGUUUUCAAAGACGCCGAAGACAUGGAAAUGGCGAUGAUAAAAAAACUGAGAAUAACAAACAUGUCCAAAAGUCUAGAUCCGAACGAUAACUUCACAUUCUGCGUCUGUGGAAAGGGAGUGCACGGCGUUAUGAUGCAAUGCGAAUUAUGUAAAGACUGGUUUCACUCUGUAUGCACGCAGCUUCCGAAAAUAGCAAGCACCAAGUUCAAAGGGAACUUCGGCUCCGUAGCGUUGCACAUGGGCUUCAAAGACUGCAAAUUUCUCUGUCCCAAUUGCCAGCGUACAAAACGUCCCAGAUUGGACGUAAUUUUGGGCCUUCUCAUGUCUUUACAAAAGCUAUACGUCAGAGUACCUGAAGGAGAAGCAUUGCAAUGUCUCACGGAACGCGCUAUGAACUGGCAAGACAGGGCUCGCCAGCUGUUGCAGCAUCCCGAGCUCGAAAUCGCCAAAAACAAACUGACGAUGUUCAGUCAAAAGUAUAACGAAGCCGCUGCGAGGCAAAGGACCGAGAAAAUAAUAUCGACGGAACUGAAGCGCGCUUCUAAAAACCCAGAGCUACACCAAAGAGUGCAAGAAAUCACUCCCUACAGCGGCGUCGCCGACGAAGGCGUCACGUGCGACAGCGGCAUCACCGAUUCGGACGACGCUUCGAGGGAUUCUCGGGAAUCCGACGAUCGAAUGGGAGAGCACGCGUAUUCCCUUCACCUGCCCAAAGUCGGCGACAGCGAAGAAUACACGCUGCAUUUGAACACCGACAUCAAACUGCAAUUGGAGGAACUCCUUACAGAAGGCGACCUACUGGAGGUCUCGUUGGAUGAAACGUUCGCCCUGUGGAAGCUUCUGCAAGCGUCCCGUGACACUGAAAAAGAGCCGAUACUUAUCGAUUUUGAUGCUCACAUGAAAAGCGCUCCGAAAAAGCGAGGUCGAAAGCGGCUCUCGGAGGAGACGGAUUCCAGCAAGACCAAAAUAAAAGCCGUGAAAGUCGAGGGCGAAAAGAAGAUCCGCGGUAGAAAGGUGAAGAACAACAAGGAAGCGGGAAAGAAGAGGACUUACAAGAAGCGAGUCGAACGGGCCCAAUCAACCGCUUCGGAUAGCGAUGAUGAAGAGGACGAAGAGAACUGUGCUGCGAACGGAUGCCAAAAACCGACCGGACAGAACGUUGACUGGGUGCAGUGCGAUGGCGGUUGCGAGCAAUGGUUUCACAUGGCUUGUGUGGGUCUCUCGGCCGAGGAUAUCAAUGAAGAUGAAGAUUAUAUCUGCAUUACGUGUUCAAAGAGUGCAACUUACGAAAAUUUAGAUAGCAGAUCUAGCAGUCCCAGAUCGCCUGAUUCAACACAGCCUUCCACGUCUAGAGAUGUUUCUUAGUACCCGCCCUCUAGUACCCAUUAAUUUGUUUAAUAUAAUAUAUAUAUUAUAUAUAUGUCCGAAAGAAGGAGAGUAUUUUAGUAGAUACACAGUUCAGUUGUGAUAAUUUAAUGAUAAGGAUUGUAAAAUAAUUUUAUUGUAUCACCCACCCUAUGUAUAUUCUUUGUUCAGCCGUUUUUUAUUCUCAUUUAGUUCGUUUUCAUUGUAUAUAAAAAAUCAUGGUAAAACAGCCUUAAAAUUUGUUCCAGUGAUGUUCCAUAUGACGAAACAACUGGCAACAUUACUCUACAUUUUUGUGUGCAGUUUUAUCAGCAGUUGCAAAACAUGAAAUUUAUAUCAAUCAAUAAUUAUGAUACAUUAUUUAUUAAACUACUCGAAAUUACUGUGUAACUUGCAAUUUUAAUUUUAAAAUUUUAUCUGUGAGUUGAGUCAAUAUUUAGUUAAAAUAACACUUAAUUUAUAGUUAGGCUGUGGGAGUAAACUUAAUUAUGUUUCCAUAUAUAAGUUUAUAUAUAGAUUCAGAUAAUUAAAAAUUGUAAAUUAGCGAUUAUGUUUUUAAGUUGCAUUAUUUAUUUUUUAGCUUCAUAUUAGGGUUUAGUUUUUUUUUAUUUUUUUAAGAUAAUUCAUGCUGAUAAAACUGCAUCAACAAAGAAGUAUAAAGAAAUUUGGCAUUGCACUUGAUUAUGGUGUAUAUUUUUAUCAUGCAAAAAUUUGUCGAUUUAGUGUCAGAUAUCAGUCCAGAUAUAUUCCAAGCGAAAAAAGCACGUUUGCCAUAUUGUAAUAAAUUAUUUUAAGUAAAAAUGUCGACUCUAAUAAAUUUGUAAUUAGCCUUAUGCAUUCUACUGUAAUUACAAUGAAAUCAAUCUGAAUUUGUAAAAAACGUUUUAACGAUUUCUUCUAAAAUCACUGAACUCUGAUGAAUUCGAUACAUUUCUCUAUCUGACUGUUAAAUCAAGUAAUGUCAAUUCGUGCGCAAGUCCAUUUUAAAAUUAUGUGUUAGUUGUUUCUGUUUCUGCCUUUGUACAAUUUCUAAAAAACGCUAAAUCAAUUAUUUCAGUUGAUUGAAUCAAACCCUAACUAGCCAUUUUGCAAAGAUGAAAAAGGUGUUAUGACUUCGGCAAAUAUUUUAUGCCAGUAACCAAUGAAUCCAAUUCUGGAAUAUUUUUUAAACUUUAACUUGUUAAGUCAGGUAUUUGGCAUGACAGUUUUUCUUUGUUCUAUUACGCAUAAACCAUUUGCCGAUGAUUGGAGAUUACUUGUAAAAAGCAUAAAGUAUUGUUGCUAUAUUCAACUGAGCAUUGAUGAUUAUUUUGAAAGUAAUGUAGGAUAUUUAUCCAUAUUUUCUGUAAAUUUUGGCCAAAACAAUUAGCUGUGUUCCAAAAUUGCGGGUCUGCAUUAUAAUAAUAUGUCAAAAUUUAUAUUUUCUAUAAUAAAUUUAAUAGGUAGAUUAAAAAAAACAAUAAAAAAAUAUUGAAAUUUUAUUUUAUUUUUUUGUAUUGUUGAAAUAUCUUUUUUUAUAUCAUAAGUGGGUAAAUACUCCUAUGAAACCGAUUUUAAUAACUAUCUACUUAAAAUAUCCCUUGGCUUACCUACCCUGCUACAAUUGUUUUUCAUUACUACUAUACUUUUGAGCUUUUUAAAAAUUAUUUCUCUGUCUUAUCAUAAAUAUAAUCUUAUGAAUCAAUUUAAACAUUUUUUUGUAUUUUCAUUUUUACUUAUAAAUUAAUAUUCUUAGUCUAGUUUCUAAAUUUUUAUGUUGUGUAUUUUUUGUAUUUUAAGGUCAGUAUCUUAUAAAUCGGUUUUCAUUAUAAUUCGAAUUCUUCGUGUUUUUUGUGCAAACAAUGUCUAAAAAAUCAAUUUUAAUAUAAGAUUUAGAGUUACAACUCUCCGAAAAGUAUUAACUAGAUGAUGGAUUUAUCUUUGAAGAAUAAUUUUUCAUAUUUAUAAAAAAUAUAGUAAAUUAUCAAAUAUCGAUAAGAUAGCACUAAGAUUAAACAAUAUUUACUUCAAAUAUAAAUCCAUAAAAAAGAUACAUGCAUCAGCCUGUACAUAAGAUUUUUUUUUUACUUAGUAUGUGGUUAGUCGACUUAUUCGCAUUAUGAUUUAUCCUAUAGGACUGGUAGAUCAGUUAGACUCUCUAUUAAAACAAUUUUCUUUCUGAAAAUACUAGUACUUAAUGGAACUUCAAGUAUUUUCAAUAUUUAGAAUCUCUGUGGAUUUAAUUAGGAACAACUGGGUUACGGAGUACUUAUUGUGUUCCUUCACCUCUUUUCUGCGAAUAAAUAAAUUCGUUGGAGUAAAAAUUUCUUAUUUCAGGCUAAUUGAUAUCCCAGUCCACAUUGAAACUAGACGUUAGGAGUACAUUUUAUUUUUGUAUAUUUUCAUUACCUAUGUGUUGAAGUAAUAUAUUUCAUUGUAAGACUUAAAUUCAUUUUGUUUGAAUUUUGUCAAUAAAAAAAUUGUAAUAAAACGAGGUUUGAUUAAAAAGAGUUCUGAAAACUAAGGGGAAAAAAUAAUCUUUGCAAUGCACUGAAAGAUUGUAGCAUCUCUUGGGAUCUUCCACGUGACAAAUACCUACCCAUUUCAGGUUGCCAAAUAAACUGAACUCUUAUAAGACAUUUAGUUAUAUUUAGUUUUUUAAGAAUAUCUUCUUGAUUCAUCUUUAGUUAAUUAUAACGUAACGCCGGUAUUUUAAAUGCUGGCGUGGGCUAAAAUAUUUUUAAUGAUGAACCACGCCGUGGGAAUAAAUAUAGUUUUUAAAAAUGCAUUUUCAAAAACAAAUCGACCUAUAACGAUGGUCAAUCGAUUACUUUUGUUGGCAUGUGGUGAAAGUAGCGCUUAUGGCACGUUAUGCGAUUUUUAUUGUUAUGCAAAUAUUUGUGGAUGUCCAUGAGAUAAUUUCCAAAACCGAAUGUAGUUUACCAAAUAAAGCCUGCAAAAAUUUGCAAUAUGAAUACUUAAUGAAAUCAUUUCGGAUUGCUGAUGUGCGGCAAUUCGUAUUUGUUGACCUUUAAACAAGUAACUUUGCAGAAUGCCACAUAUGGAGCUACAAUGACAUUGGAUUUACAAAUGGAAAUAAA